GAGAGUUUCUCCUUGUCUAUCUUUAUUUACCUGCCUCUGGCCAGCCACCUGUGUGGGUGGAAUCCAAGGACCACCUGUGUGGGGAGAAUCCAGGAACUUUUUGGUGGAGCGAUUACUGGCCACCUUUAGGAUAUUAAGAUCAACUGUCAUCUUGGGAGAAACUAGUACAGUAAAGAUCAAGGCACCAUCACCGAGUCAUUUCCUCUGCUACUGCAGGUUUCUGGCAGAACAAGCGUGGGUAAAGCUGCAGCAAGGCUAUGUGCCCCACAAAAGUUCCACAUGGGAGAGAUGCUGUGGCCUGGCCCUUCUCUAGGCUCUGGAGAGUCUCUGACACAACUUUGUUCCAAAUGACCGUCAUUGCUGCUCUCUGGGUUGCUGUGUUUGGUAAAUGUGGUCCACCACCUGAUUUACCUGGUGCCUUGCUAGUAAGUGAGACAAACCAGACAGACUUCGAAAGCAAAACUGUCUUGAAAUACAGUUGCCGCCCUGGCUACAGUAGGGCAUCUUCAAGCCAGACUGUUUAUUGUACAUCUUGGGGGAAUUGGCACAUUACUAUCUCCUGUGUUAAAAAAUCAUGCAGGAAUCCAGGAGACUUACAAAAUGGACAGGUGGAAGUCAAGACAGAUUUCUCUUUGGGAUCACAGAUAGAAUUCAGCUGCUCAGAAGGAUAUGUCUUAAUCGGCUCAUCCACUAGUUAUUGUGAGAUCCAAAGUAAAGGAGUUGCCUGGAGUGAUCCUCUCCCAGAAUGUGAAAUUGUCAAGUGUGCGUCCCCUCCAGACAUCAGCAAUGGGAAGCACAUUGGUGGAGAUGAAGACAUCUACACAUAUGGCUCCUCCGUCACCUAUAGGUGUGAUCCCAACUUCUCACUCCUUGGCAGUCCCUCCAUUACCUGCACUGUAGUGAACAAAACAGUAGGUGUUUGGAGCCCCAGCCCUCCUACCUGUGAAAAAAUCAGCUGUCCUCAGCCAAGUGUUUCACAUGGAAUAAUUACUUCUGGAUUUAGAACUAUCUAUAAAUACAAAGACUCUGUUAUAUUUGCCUGCCAGAAAGGGUCCAUCCUCAGAGGCGAAAAUAUAAUCUAUUGUGGAGCUGAUGGCAACUGGAAUCCUUCUCUUCCCAUUUGUGAGCUCACUAGUUGCAUUGGUAGACCAGAUAUUUCACAUGCUUCCUGGCAACGAUAUGUCAAAGCAGAAGACCUGUAUCCAGUUGGGACUGUGUUACGCUACAGAUGUCAUCCUGGCUAUGAGGCUGCUACAAAAGAGCCAAUGAGUGUGGUUUGUCAGAAAGAUUUCACCUGGAGCCCAUUUAAAGGAUGCAAGGAGAUAUGUUGUCCAGAACCAGACCCAAAUAAUAUUAGAGUCGUUCAACAUAUAAAACGACAUCCUGAGAAUGACUGUACUUAUUUCUAUGAUGACACAUUAUCAUACGUAUGCCAUGAAGAACACAUCCUUUCAGCUACUUGCAAAUCAGAUGGCACAUGGAAUCCCAGAACACCAUCAUGUGAUCAGAGUUGUAAUUUUCCUCCAAGCAUUGCCCAUGGACACUAUACAAAAACUACUAAAUUCUUCCCAACUGAGGCUACAUAUGAAUGUGAUAAAGGAUACAGACUGGUUGGAAAGGCAAGCAUCUCCUGCAAGCAUUCACAAUGGACACCAGCACCUCCACAAUGUAAAGCUCUAUGCCAGAAACCAGAGAUAAAAAAUGGAUUGCUGUCUGCCAAUAAAGACCAGUACAUUGAAUCUGAAAAUGUCACCAUCCAGUGUGACUCUGGGUUUGCCAUGUUAGGUUCCCAAAGUAUCACUUGUUCAGAGAAUGGAACCUGGUACCCAGAGGUGCCCAGAUGUGCGCUGGAGAAAGACUGUGAGCAUGUGUUUGCAGGCAAGAGGUUCAUGCGAUGUCUGCCAAAUCCAGAUGAUGUGAAAAUGGCACUGGAGUUAUACAAACUGUCUCUGGAGAUUGAAUUAUUAGAGCUACAGAUAGAAAAGGCUAAACAAACUGACCAGGGGUUGUGACUGUAAGCUCUCUCAAGAUGGAGGAGGAAGAAGCACCUUGAGUGUCAAACAGAUAGCUUGCAUUCAGCAGUUUUCACUUUGACAUCAAUGUUCAUGCUAAUAAAUAUCCAGUUAGACUAAUUCACUAAAGCAUAAUGCCUUAAGUUUAUGAAAUAAUUAAUCAUAUUGUGGCUCCUAAGUUUGUUUUUCUGAAUACAACAUGCACAUUUUUUCAAUUAAAAUCAAUUUUGUUCUUGCA